ACUUCACUGUCAAAUUUUUUCUAAUUUCAUGAGCAAGCUCGUGCGUUACAUGAAAUUUUUAAAUAAGGUUACGUCGAAACUAAUCUAUCUAUCUGUUCUAUAAUCUUCAAGAUACGUAUCAUUUUUCGGUAAAAAUACAACAACCAUAUCAGCAUUUUGGUUACUUUUACAAGUGACCAUCGGAACAACAUAUUAUUUGACCAGAUGAAUUUCACAAAAGGGAUAUGUUUCUUCAUUCUAUUCAUGUUCAAAGAAAUCAGUACCGUAAGGUCAAUAAUCGAUCCAUCUAAAAAAUAUGAUAUCACAGAUGUUCUUCACGAUUCCAUCAGAGACGCGUUAAACGCUAAUUGUUUGCCAACAAAAUUAUAUAACAGCAUGAUAUAUCCGCAAUUUGAUACUUACUUAGCUGAAAAUCAGAUAAAAAGCAAGCGUUUUUCAAAGUCCGUUUUUUUCAGCCACUUAUAUUUCACAUUAAAUUCGGACGGUUCUGCAGGCUCUUCAGUUCGUUGGAACAUUUCAAAAAAUGAAACGUAUGUAGGCAUAGAUUAUGUAUCAAUCAUUAUCGGUGGAGAGGUACGCAUGUGGCAUAAUUUGUUUGCCUACACUCGUUUCAUGGCAACAAUUGACAUGAACAAUGUAUCAGUAUGUGCCAGGCAAUGGACCACCGGCGAUGAAGAUAAGAAGAUUCACACCAGUGUUUCAUUUGGUUUUGCUGGCAUUUGGGGGGACAAUACAAUAAUUCGAGAUUACAAGAUCGAAUAUAAAGAACGACAAAAGAUGGUAUACAUAGUCAACAACAUACUUCCAACGAUGAUGGAACAUCGUAUAAUUUUUAACAAGAAUUUUUCGCAAUAUUUGAGAGACAGCCCAUCCACUCAACCUAAUCAGAAAAUCAUCUCAAAAUAUCCAGACUUUCACGCGAAUAAAGAACAGUACUACUAUUUAUUACUUCCGAUUACUCUCGAACUGAUCAGCUUCAGCGACAUUAAGGUCGUAGGUUUGUCGAAUUUUGAUUCAAUGGAGAUUGCACGGCAUCCACUUAAACGCGAUGAACCGAAAUACUAUCACAUCUUACACAUGAAUGAUAUUUAUGGAAGUAUGGACUUGAGAUAUGGCAAGGAGAAGCCAGAGUUCAAAAAACAAAUCGCUAAGAUAAAUUUCACAAUUAAUCGACUUUCCAUGCUAGUUGACUUUUCAUACAACUUUACUAUAUUUGAAGCAGAAGACUACUCGAUCACUGAAUUUCCUCAAAACUUCUCAAUUCCAAUAAUCAAUUGGUUAUCGAAAUUUUCAUCGACGAUAAUGAGGCACAUCGAAUCUGCAAUGGCACAUUCAGUACUGAGGGGAUUCCGGAAUAAAUUCAACGUUCAGGUAAAGAAUGCGUCAAGUUUGGAGUCGAGUACGCGUCAAAUGGAAAAUUCAUUUAUUCAAAAGCAUGGUAAAAUCAAGUCAUCAUAUGAUUUUUGAUAGAUUAAUGUGAUGGGUCCAAUAAAGUUGUUUGCAAUGGAA